AUACUCUCCAUCUCCCUGGACAUGGGAUACACGAAGAGAAAGUCUCGUAAGGCGAGCCUGGCGGCCUUUUGUGUCGUCGCAUUUGCGGCUCUUGCCAGCGCGAACGACACACCCAGGAAACAUGGGGAGGACGUCGAGGUCAUUGACCCAGCCGUAGAAGCAUCUAGAGCUUACAAGCAGGCCAUCUCCACGCUUGCCACCCUGACCGCACUCCCUCCCAUGCAGUCAGAAGAACCCGCGCACCAUUCCACCAGUGUCCCCCUCUCCUCAUUCUUGCCGAGCAUGCAAGGCCAGGGACCUAUUGCCAGCGCGCUCCGAAUAUUGGCCAAGCUCCGCAAUCACUCUUGGCUGCCUAGUGUCGUGACGGACUUGCUCGGUCGCGAGCUCACGAAUGGGAGGAAGAAAGACGAAGAACUCAAGGGCAGGGCAGUGAAGGUCAUUGACCUGCUGCAACACGCGGCGGAGCUUGGGCAUACCGAUGCCCUCUACACCCUUGGGCAGGUCUCUUUGUUCCCUCCGAAUUCGUACUUCCCCUCAAAUCCUACCGCCGCCUACGAGUCCUUCCAAACGCAUGCAGACGUGACUGGCAAUGCUUCGUCACAAGCUUUGGUCGGUUUCUUCCACAGCACUGGAUACCACAGCGUGGUACCUGUCGACCAGGCGAUGGCGCAACUUUACCUGACAUUCGCCGCACAUGGGAACCACAAGGGCGCACAGAUGGCGCUCGGCUACCGGUACUGGUCAGGAAUUGGUGUCGCCGAAAAUUGCAUGGCGGCAUUGGAUUGGUAUGAGGACGCGGCAGAACAAGCUAUGGCCAAGUUCCUAUCCGGUCCUCCUGGCGGACGUACACUCCCCCUACAGCCACCACGAUUGUCAGACCUUGACGGAGGAGUUUAUGGUCCGGGUGCAAGUGUUGCGUCUACUGGCUUGAACGCAGGGCGUGCGGUGAUCAAGACUGCAAAUGCUCGUGCUGCGGGAGAGACAUGGGACGACCUCCUGGAAUACUAUCUUUUCAACGCGGACCGUGGGGAGACCGACUUUGCGUACCGACUGGGCAAGAUCUACUAUCAAGGCAGCAUCUACGGUGCGCCCGGCGGCGCAGCAUCUGGCGGUGACGGCGCGAGCAUCGUCCCUCGUGACUUUCACCGCGCACGCUACUACUUCCUCCGGAUCGCCAGGCAGGUCUGGCCGCGCGACCCUGCGAAUCCUCGACAACCCGACCGGCCAUCCAAGGAAGAGACCCCCGUGCAAAGCGGGUACGCCGCACUCGCAGCCGGCUACCUCGGACGGAUGUAUCUUCGCGGGGAAGGUGUGAAGCAGGAUCCGGUACUCGCGAAGAUGUGGUUUGAGCGAGGGGCGGACUACGGCGAGAAGGAGUCGCACAACGGGCUGGGCAUCAUUUGGCGUGAUGGGCUAGUAGAUGGCAAGAAGGAUGUGAAGAAGGCGAUGGCGCACUUCGCCGCCGCCGCGACGCAGGAGCUCGCGGAGGCCCAGGUCAACAUCGGCAAAUACCAUUAUGAGCGCGGCGACCUGAAGCUCGCGACGGCAUACUUUGAGACGGCACUCCGUCAAGGUUCUCCGUUUGAGGCGUACUAUUACCUUGCUGAUAUCCAAGGCAGGCAAGCGCGGAGCACAAUGCUUCCCCCUGAGAUCGCGGGCAGUUCGUGCGCCAUUGCAGUGUCGUUCUACAAGCUUGUCGCGGAGCGUGGUACAUGGGAAGAAGACCUGCUACGGGACGCGGACUAUGCGUGGAGCUUGGGUACGGAGAGGGGCAGCGAGAUGGCAAUGCUCAGGUGGUGGAUUGCCGCCGAGCGCGGGUAUGAAGUUGCACAGAAUAACUUGGCUUACGUUCUGGACCAGGACAAGAGUAUACUGCGCUUCACUCGCUUUGCCCCUCAGUCUCCCUCAAAUGAUACUGCUCGGCUGGCACUGACGCAAUGGAUCCGGUCCGCUGCACAACGGAACGUCGACGCUCUGGUGAAGGUCGGAGACUACUACUAUCACGGGCUGGGCGUACCGGAUGAGUCGGAGUCCGUACGAUGGGAGAAGGCUGCCGGAUACUACCAGUCUGCGGCGGACACCCAGAUGAGCGCCCUCGCGAUGUGGAACUUGGGGUGGAUGUACGAGAAUGGUAUUGGGGUGCCUCAGGACUUCCACCUCGCGAAGCGGCAUUACGACCUCGCGUAUGAAACCAAUAGCGAAGCAUACCUUCCUGUUCUCCUGUCCCUCUUGAAGCUCCACGCACGCAGCAUCUGGCACACUGUCAUGGGUGGCAAGAAUGGCCUCACUAUCUGGGAUAGCGACGAAGACAACGCAGCACGAUCCUACUACGACCAACCCGAGAUCGAAGGCGAUGCCGAUCAAGGCCCUAAGCAGCCUUCGCUCGAUGAAGUCGACGAGUUUGCCGAUGAUGGCGCGUGGUACAUGGGCAAAGCCCGGGACGAGUUCAACAGACGCAAGCGCGGGCAGCACGACGACCGCGACCGGCGCGCCGCGCGAGAAGAAGAGGAUCCCGUGCAGUGGGCGCGAGAGCGGCGUCAGGCAGAGGCUGCUGAGCGGGACCGCGAGGGCGGCGGCGACUUCGGGCCCGAGGACUACUUCGACGCGGCGAUACGGGGCCAGCGGUACCGCGAAGAGGAGGACGUAGACGAGUUCGCAGAGACGAUGUUGUUGGUCGUACUGUGCUUGAUGGUGUCCGUGUUGCUGUAUGUGCGCGGGCGGUGGGUGGACCGGAUCAGGAGAGAGGAGGAGGAACGGAGACGGCAAGGGGGUGGAGGCCAGCCAGAUCAGCAGCAGGUUCAAGGAGCGAAUGGCGUGUUCCCGCCGCCUGGGGAUCCCGCGAGGGAUGAUUGGGCGAUUUUGCGGUAGUGAGGACCGGAACGAUGUGUAACAUACUAUCUCG